AGUGGAUUGUCAACCAAGGAUUAAGUUUCAAGACAGGUUUUGCCACUGCCUCAUUUUUUAAUAGUCCCACAGAGAUAGACAUUUAACUCCCUGGGCUUCAUUUUCUCCACCUGCAAGAUCGUGCUGUAACCAUAUUUACUUGGUCUUGCAAGUAAUAGUUUGCACACUAAAAUUUGGCCCCAGUCAGGAAAAUCUGGAGGAUCAAGGCAUCAGAGUGCUGAAGGCACUGUGCCUGCCCAAGACAGGCAGAGUGAGUGCUGGCGAGAACUUGGACAUCUGGGAUUCGACGGAUGAAACUGGGAGAAUUCUACUGUGAAGAAAAUCCAUUUCUGAAGAGAUUGCCAGUUUUUGCUGAGGAGAGAUUGGAAGUUUUGCCUCUGAAGCUUUGACAUUGUUAAACACUAAAAAAAACUGGAGGCUGGCACUGAAGGGAGGUGUGCUUGAAACGACUUUCCUUUCCUGAAGAAGAAGCUUUUGGGAGGAGGGGACCUGGAAAAUGACAGGAGUGAAGAGAAAAAAGAAUAAUGUGGUAUGGAGGAAGAUAAAUUCCUUCCACUGUGCAGACUUUAAACAGUGGUGCCUAAGGCGGCUGCCAAUUCUGGAAUGGGCACCAGGCUACAACCUGAAGGAAAAUUUGAUUCCGGAUACAGUGUCGGGGAUAAUGCUGGCAGUCCAGCAGGUGACACAAGGUUUGGCCUUUGCUAUUCUCUCUUCUGUCCACCCGGUAUUUGGUUUAUAUGGCUCUCUCUUUCCAGCCAUUAUUUAUGCCAUAUUUGGAAUGGGGCGCCAUGUUGCAACAGGGACCUUUGCUUUAACUUCAUUAAUAUCUGCCAAUGCUGUUGAGCGUCUAGUUCCUCAGGCCAACCAGAACUUCACUACAUACAGCAACUCAGGUGUGCUGGGCUUAUCUGACUUUGAGAUGCAAAGGAUUGGAGUUGCUGCAGCUGUUUCAUUCUUGGGCGGAAUCAUUCAAAUUGCCAUGUUUGUGCUGCAUCUGGGCAGUGCCACUUUCUUGCUAACAGAGCCUGUGAUCAGUGCAAUGACAACUGGAGCUGCUACCCAUGUUGUGACCUCACAAGUCAAGUAUCUUCUUGGAAUGAAAAUGCCAUAUAUCUCAGGACCAUUGGGAUUCUUUUAUAUCUAUGCCUACGUCUUUGAAAACAUCAAGUCGGUUCAAUUAGAAGCACUGCUGCUGUCCUUGCUAAGCAUCGUGGUGCUUGUUCUUGUUAAAGAGCUCAAUGAACAGUUUAAAAGGAAAAUUAAAGUUGUCCUUCCUGUCGAUUUAGUUUUGAUUAUUGCUGCAUCAUUUGCUUGCUAUUGUGCCAACAUGGAAUAUACCUACGGAUUGGAUGUUGUGGGACAUAUUCCAGAUGGAAUUCCUUCACCCAAGGCACCUUCAAUGAAUAUCCUUUCAGAAGUUGUCACAGAAGCAUUUGGAGUUGCACUAGUUGGCUAUGUAGCCUCAUUAGCUCUUGCCCAAGGUUCUGCCAAAAAAUUCAAAUAUUCAGUGGAUGACAACCAGGAGUUUUUGGCUCAUGGCCUCAGCAAUGUCAUUCCUUCCUUUUUCUUUUGUAUACCGAGUGCAGCAGCAAUGGGGAGAACAGCAGGACUCUAUAGCACUGGAUCAAAGACACAGGUGGCUUGCCUAAUAUCUUGUAUUUUGGUCUUGAUUGUCAUCUAUGCAGUAGGACCAUUGCUUUACUGGUUGCCCAUGUGUGUUCUUGCAAGUAUCAUUGUUGUGGGACUGAAAGGGAUGUUAAUACAGUUCCGGGAUUUAAAAAAAUACUGGAAUGUGGAUAAAAUAGACUGGAGCAUAUGGGUCAGUACCUACAUAUUUACAAUAUGUUUUGCGGCUAAUGUGGGGCUACUCUUUGGUGUUGUCUGCACCAUAGCUGUUGUGAUUGCACGUUUCCCAAGAGCCAAGACACUGAAUCUGACAAAUUUGAAUGAAUUGGAAUAUAAAGUAAAGACAGAAGUCGAGGGGGAAAAUUUACAACAGGUGAAAAUUAUUUCAAUAAACAAUCCACUUGUUUUCCUGAAUGCCAAGAAGUUUCAUUCUGAUUUAAUGAAUACAAUUCAGAAAGACAAUGCCAAUAACCAGACACCUGAUGAUAUCAACAAGUGUGAACAAAAUACAUUGCUCAAUUCUACUUCCAAUGGUACCUUCAAUGGGGAAACCCCACAACCAUAUCCUAAUGAAAAAUGUUCUGUGAUACUGGAUUGCAUUGGAUUGACCUUCUUUGAUUAUACUGGAGUAUCUACACUAGUUCAGGCUUACAUGGAUUGCAAAAGCCAAAAUAUCGACUUCUUGUUAGCAAAUUGCACAGCUUCCUUGAAAAAAGCAGUGCAAUAUUGUGGACACCUAGAGUCCGAUAAACAUAUUUUCUUUGAAUCAGUAUCUGCUGCAAUUGGUGCCAUCCAUUUAAAUAAGAAUCUGAGCAAAUUCAGUGACCACAGUGAAGUCUAAGCUUAACGUGUUAUAUAGCUCAUCUCUUCUCUCUGAGUAGCUCUCCAGGAUCAACCAAGUCAUGACGUUUUUACAUGAUCUUUUGUUUUUAUUAUUGAACUCCUGUAGGCAACACAUUUUAUAUCAAAUGUAAUAAAUAGAUUCAGUAACUGAAUGGCUACUGAUCUGUAUUUACCAAAUAUUGUUUUUUAUUUCUGUUUUCUUAAUGUUGAGCAGGCCCAUAGGGUUGGUUGUCCUAUAGUAAAAUUUUCAUAGAAAAUUUAUAUGUGUUUUUAAAUACAGUAUCUUGAAAGACUAAGCUAAAGUCUUGGUCUGUCAUUAUCAUUUUGUAUAUUGUUUUAAUUCUUUUUAAUUAAAAGUUAAUUUGCAAAAUACAGGUACAUAUUUCUGCUGGAAUAACACAUUAGGAGUCCUUUCCUGUCCCCUGUAAAACUACAGAAAGCUCUCUUUAUAGGCUAUAUAUAAUCAGUUUCAAGUGCCUUUCUUCCCCACUAAAGGGGGGGAAAAGAAUAAAACCAUUUGAUAGUAGCAAAUAUGUGAAAUCAACUUUUGUUAUAUGUAUAGUUAACCACGGGGGCAGCUAGGUGGUACAGUGGAUAGAACAACUGGGCUUGGAAUCAGGAAGACUAAUCUUUAUGAAUUCAAAUCCAGCUUCAGAUACUUACCAGCUGUGUGACCCUGGGCAAGUUACUUAAUCCUGCUUCCCUCAGUUACCUCAUCUGUAAAAUGAACUGAAGAAGAAAGUGGCAAAGUACUCCAGCAUCUUUCCCAAGAAAAUCCCAAAUGGGAUCACAAAGAGUCAGAUACAACUGAAACAAUUCAAUAACAACAUAAUUAACCAAAGCUUGUAAAUAUUGAUGUAGAGCAGAGUUGGAAAGGGCAAAAGGGCCGUAGUCAAUUUUCAUCUCUGCUGCUUAAAACCUGUGUGAUCGUGAACAACUCAUGUACAGAUGAGGGAAUUGAGCCUCAAUUUCCUCAUCUGUAAAGUGAGGGGGUUGGGAUAAAUGGUGUCUGAAAUUCCUUCUAGCUCUGUAUCUAUAAUCCUAUGAUUGUAUGAAGCACAAAUGCUCCCUCCAACUAUGAAAGCCGCUGAAGUUAAUGAGAGCAAAGAAUGAAUAACCAGUCAAGGAAAAGUUCUCUCAGCUUUCCACCCUCACCCCAUCUAGUACAAUUUGGAAACUUUGAACUGUUUAGAAGUUUUAUAUACUAUGUAAAGGCAUAUAAAUUUAUGGAUUAAGUUUAUGGCUUAGGGGACUUCCUUUUUAUUGUGAACAUUAAAGAGAUACCCAGGAUCUUGAGUUUUGAAAGUUACAAUUGGGAUCAUUUUAUUGUAUAAUGUACUGAUUUCUGAUUUUAUAUAAUUCUUUCAAGUUUGGAAAGUAUUAUGUAUUACACAAAUGAAAUAAUGUUAUUUCAUUUGAGCCUUAAAGUUAUCUUGAGGUAUGGGUAUUGUUAGCCCUAUGUAACAGAUGAGGAAGCUGAGGCUCCCAAGAGUGAAGUACCUUGACCAUGAUCACUUGGCUAGUAGGUGUCAGGAAUAGCAUGGGGCAAACCCAGGUCUUCCUGAUCCAAAAUCCAGCUUUCUCUGUAUGAUGCCAGGCAGCCUAGAUUUAGCUUGGUUAGUACCAAAGAAUGUGCAUGUUCCACAUCUAUUUACCACCAAUAAGGCUUCUGGAAGCAAGAAUACCACUACCAGAUGAUAUUUUGCAUUGGAAAGACCUUAAACAUUACCUUAAUAGAGUUUGAUAAAGAAAUUGAAAUCCACAGAGCUAAUGUGAUUUUUUAAGAGAUCAUAUAAUUUGUUAGUUGAGUAUUAGUUAGUUGUUCCUCUUUUAUUUCAAGGAUAUGCAUAAGUUCUAUAAAUAUAAGAGUUUAUGACAAAUAACCCUUUAGGGAACUUCUCUGUAUCCCAAGGGCAAUUAACAUUUGGUAUUAUAUGCCUUGCAAAUCUACAGACAUGAAAGGAUAAUGGGCAAAUAGCUAUCCUAAGUUAAAGUGAGCUACAUAAAUUAUUCAUAUUUUGAAUAUAUAUUCACACAUAUGGGUGUAUAUAGGGCCUUACAUUUCUGUUUAGCAUAUUGGUUUAUGUAAGAAGCAUUUUCAUUUAGAAAGGUAACAGGUGUAGAAACAAUAAAAAUUGAAAACUUUUGGAGACACAGCCUUUUAAAAAAGAACUUAGUGGCUUAGCAUAUUUCCAGUAAUUUUAAUUAAGAUAAUUAAGGAGAAGCUUGUAGAUAAGAGUAAAAGAGUCUAUAUUUAGACAAGAAGAUUGUAAAGUAAGCUUUGUGAGCUUUCCCAAAAGUGAAUUGAAGCUCCCACCAUCUGAUUCAAAAUAACUUAUGAUGAAAUGAAAUGAAAAUGAAAAAUGAUGAAAUGCCCAUUCAGAUGGCAUGAUAUUUUAGUCUUACCAAACCAUAUAUUUCAUGGGAAGAAAAUAAUAGACAUGAGCAUUUCCCUAUAUUAUCUAGGAAAUAGUCUUGUGCAUAAUGUAAGGAAGAGAUGAAAACAUAGGUUUGUUUUAUUUCCAGAAAUGAAAAAUUACUUUUCCUCAGUUGACCUAAACUCUUUAAUCUCUAGUUUGGUAUGAAAAGGCCAAAGCCAGCCAAAUACUUAUCUUAAAAAACUCCAUUGAAAGUUGAAGUUUUUGCAAAUGUAAUUUGCUUAUCUUUAGGGAAAAAGCUAAACUUUUCCUGUUGAAUUGUUCAAUAUAUCUUUAUGGAUUAAUUGUUCCAAUUGAUGGAAUGUGAUAGAAAUGAAGGAUAGAACUACAUGUGCUAGAAUGGAUUCACCAGUGAAAGGUUCAGAAAGGUUACUGGACAGUCUCUUUAACUUGUAAAGUAAUGUUUUCCAACAUAAAUAACUAUACCUUCUUACAAAUACAUAAUAUGGAUAGCAUUAUCUGGUGGAAUAGUAAUUAUACAUCUUGGAGCCCACUAAUAAUAUCAGAGUCUAGGUUGACUUAUUCUAUUUUCUUUAUUAAAUAUGACCCCCAGUGUUGCCAGAGCAAUUGUAUGUUUGAGUGUCUUCCAUUUUUGUGGUAGAAAGUAGAAAGUAUUAAAAAAAAUUAAGCCAAUGACACAUCCCGUAUUAAUUAUGUUUGAGGUAAAAAAAAAAGCAGGCCAAAAUGAGUUAACAUUUUUAGUAAGUUUGGAAUAGACAUAAUUUAAUUGGGUUGACAUAAUUUAAACUGUAAUUUUGUCCCAAUUCUGUAAUGGUUGCAGAUUCACCAAAUUUUUCUUUGAAGAUGACCUUGCUUUUUUUCCUCCCUCCCUCAUUCCCUCAAUGACAAGCUAUUUUCCUUUCAGAUGUUACAGGAAAGCAAAAUCAGAAAGAAAAAAAAAUUAAAAUUGACCUGCAAGAGUACUAAGGACCUAACAUGGUGACACUUAAAAAUUGAGCAUAAAAUAUGUAAUAAAGGAAAGACUGUUAACAAUACACUUAUGCAAAUUAAAUGUCUUUAAUUUUCA